CAUUCAACUCACGUGUUCUCCCACACACACACUCUCUCUCUCUCUCUCUCUCUCUCUCUAAAGUUCUCUGUUCUCUCUCACGCUCUCAACGCUAAUCCCUCACGCUCAUACAAAAAUUCCCACUGUCGACGAGCAUCUACCAGCACGUUCUAGCCUCCGGCAACAAAUGAAAUCCGCCUGAGUGCUCUCUAUUUCUAGCAAUUGUAUCUCUAUCUCACCCCUCUCUCAAAACCCCAAUCCAAGCCCUAAUUUUGGUGAGAUAGCUCUGGCGACGUUCGCUUUUCCUGUGAAUGUUAUCGACGCUAAGAAUCAUUCAUUGACUGAAGGAUUAAGGCUAAAAAAUGGAAGAACCUUUUGAAAUAAAUGAUUUUGAAGCAGAUGAAGGGUUAAAAGCACCACCAAGUGGGAUUUUUUUUGAGACAAUUGAAGAAGCACGUAAGUAUUAUGAAGAAUAUGGUAGACAAAAUGGUUUUUGGAUUCGUACUCGGACUUCAUGCAAAGGACGAAGCCGGUCGAAUGAAGUGACUAGUAUGCUAUUUGUAUGCGCAAAAGAAGGAAAGUAUGUUGCGAAGAUUGAAAACGAUGGUGUUAUGGAGGAGAAUGAUGAGAAUGAGGAGACAGAUGAAGAUGGAAAAGGGAUACCGAGGAAAAGAGCUAGAAGUUGUUCAACUGUUAAAUGUGGAUGUAAGGCUCAUUUGUUGAUUAAAUAUGACAAAUGGAGUAGCAAAUGGAAAGUAACAGUUUUCACCGAUGAUCGCAAUCAUCCAUUAGUUACUCCAUCUAAGAGAAUGAGAAUGAAGUCCAAUCGACACAUGCCCAAAGCAGUUAAGAAUUUGACCGAAGCUUUUCAUAAAGAAAAUUUGGGAAUUUCUAAAGUUACUUCUAUUUUUGGUGGCGAACACAUUGGGUUUGAUAAUAGAGAUUGCUAUAAUCACUUGAGGAAUGUGAGGCAUAGAGAGCUAGAUGGCGGGGAUGCACAAUCUGUUCUCAUCUACUUUAGGAACAGACAAGCACAGAAUCCACAAUUUUUUUAUGCAAUUCAAUGCGAUGAUAAUGGGAGGGCGGUCAAUUUUUUUUGGGUGGACUCGCGAUCUCGCAUGGCGUACCAUUACUUUGGAGAUGUGGUCACAUUUGACACAACCUAUCGAACAAACAACCUAUCGAGUCAUUCAAGAUGCUUAGUACAUGUGGUUUUUGAUUGUGAUACCGUCAUUCAAGAUGAUGGUGCUAGGUGCCAACAUGGUUGCGAUAUAGGUUUUUGAUUGUGAUACCGUUUUUCCCCGUUCCCAUUUAAUCUUUGUAACUUUUGGUUCAGUGAUUAAUAAAAUUAUUUCGCCGAUCAAAAAAAA